AGAUCUCGCGAUGCUGUAGAUUCUUCUAGAGUAAGUUUGACUCCGGACAGUAAAGACAUCUGUCUGUUGUUUGGGAAAUAAGAUAGCGGCCCUUUGGGUGAGCUAAUCUGAAAAUCGGACAAAAUUUAUCAAAAAUGACCAGGGGAAAUCAGCGUGAACUUGCUCGCCAGAAACAUGCCAAGAAGCAAAAUGAUUUGCAAAAGGGCAAGAGAAAUGACGAUGGUUUAUCUGCUGCUGCCAGAAAGCAGAGAGAUGCAGAAAUAAUGAAACAGAAGCAAAAGAAAGCCAACGAAAAAAUGGACUCUAAAGCCAAGUAGAAGACGUCAAACCUUUCAUACGAUCCUAAGCCAUUAUUUUGGUGUCAUUAGACUAUAUUGUUUUUUGUGGUCUAGUCAGCAGUACCAUUGUUUGUACUUUGAUUUAAAAACCCUUUUUGUACUGUACUAAUUUAGUUUGAUUGGGCAUUUACUUCACUGUGACUUUUCUUGGUUCUGUAUUUGCAAAUGUAAAAACCAAGAAUAACAGGCCCACAAAACCCAUCUUGCAAACACCUACUCUUGUAUUUUUCUCUCAUUUGCUUUCCUUUACUCAACUGUUGAAUAAAGUGUAGCUCAAA